AUGAAUUAUGAAUAUGUGUUAAUAUCCAAACAUUUUAAAUAUUGCUUCUUGGAGUUGGUGGCAUCAGCCACAGAGGCUGUUCCCAUAUCCAGAGACUGGGAGCUGCUCCCUAGUGCUUCUGCUUCAGCUGAGCCACAGGCCAAGAGCCUGGGUUCUGGGCAGUGUGGUCCAGAACCCAGCCCUUCAGGUCAGCGUCUGUACCCUGAGGUGUUCUAUGACAGCCCUGGACCUCCUAAUUCCCAACAGGUCUCUGGGGGUGCAUCCAUCUACUCUCAGUUACAUCCCAACAGUGGAGGCUUCCGUUCUGGGACACCCUCAUUGCACCAGUACAGGUCACAGACUCUCUAUCUGCCCCCAGGUCCAGCCCCUCCCUCGGCACUGCUCUCUGGGGUAGCUCUCAAGGGCCAGUUUCUGGAUUUCUCGGCACUGCAAGCCACAGAGCUGGGGAAGUUGCCUGCUGGGGGAGUUCUCUACCCUCCACCAUCCUUCCUCUACUCUGCAGCUUUCUGCCCCAGCCCUUUGCCUGACCCACCCUUGCUUCAGGUACACCAGGAUCUGCCAUCCCCUUCAGAUUUUUACUCUACUCCUCUGCAGCCUGGUGGCCAGAGUGGUUUCCUUCCUUCGGGAGCGCCUGCUCAGCAGAUGCUUCUACCUGUGGUAGACUCACAGCUGCCGGUGGUGAACUUUGGCUCCCUGCCACCAGCGCCACCCCCUGCUCCACCCCCUCUUUCUCUGUUACCUGUGGGUCCUGCUCUCCAGCCCCCCAACCUAGCUGUGCAGCCCCCACCUGCUCCUGCUGCUCGGGUCUUACCUUCACCCGCCAGGCCCUUUCCCCCUAGCUUGGGGCAAGCAGAGUUGCACCCAGUAGAACUAAAGCCUUUCCAGGAUUACCGAAAGCUGAGCAGCAACCUCGGGGGUCCUGGGUCAUCACGGACUCCCCCAUUUGAAAGGCCCUUCUCUGGUCUCAAUUCUCGUCUCAAGGCCCCACCUUCCACCUACAGUGGAGUAUUCCGAACUCAGCGCAUUGACCUCUACCAGCAGGCUUCCCCACCAGAUGCCCUGUGCUGGAUGCCGAAGCCUUGGGAACGGGCAAGGCCACCUUCUCGAGAAGGGCCUCCCCAAAGAGCAGAGGAGCCUGGGUCCCGGGGGGAGAAGGAGCCUGGAUUGCCCCCACCCUGCUGA